GGUUGGAGCAAUACCGGACCUUGUCUCACACAAGUGAGGAGUGAGGAGAAAGUUGAUAUCAUUUUGAGUCUCACUGCAUCGUGAAGCGUGGCAGAAAAGAAAAAAUAUGACCUUUCAGGUGGUGGUGACAUCUACAGCCUUGACGGAAGUUGAAGCAAAAGUUCUGGAAAAAGCAUUACAGGAGAACUUUUGUAUGGUCAAGUAUAGUCCAGACUUGACUUCCGAAGUACAGGUACUGAUACUAAACAAAAAAGAUCCUUUCAAACAUUGGUUAAAGUCUAAGAAGUUUAUGUAUGUGACAGCCUAUAGACCAGACAUACGCGUGAUUGAUUUUGAUGAUAUUUGCAACCGAAAAGGAGAGCAGCCAUCAGCAAUCUUACUGAAGAUUCGACAGGUGAAACCUUUUGAAGGUCUUCAAAUCUCGUUGUGUCGUUUAGAAGAAGGACUUUCAGAAAAAAUUCAUUCUGUGGUAGAGUCCAAUGGAGGUAAGGUCAUUCACCAUUUAACCAAUGAGACCGAUGUGAUGGUGAGUAUGAUUGCAGAAGGUAAGCGAUAUGAAGCUGCAUUGAAAUGGGGUGUGGCUGUGGUGAGCCCUGAUUGGUGCUAUGACAGUGUGGAUCGAGGUCUACCGUUGAACACCAGAUACUACAAACUUCUACAGAACAUGGCUGGCGUGGUAACGAAAUUGAAUUAUGAAGGUGAGGAGGACAAAACGGGUAGUGAAACGGUUGUCAAAACUUAUAGAUUGGGUAGAAGAGCCGAUGCUUGUGAUUGGGAGAAGCUUAAAGAGUGGCGGGACAACGAGCAUGCUCGAAAACUUGAAGAUUACAUCAAAAGCAAGAUUGACGGCACUGAGCAUAACAAGCAUAACGAUGAAGCAGCUCACAAGGGCAGCAGUGAAGAUACAAAUGAGGAAAAUUUUACUUUGUUUGAGGAAAACGUCACUGAUCUCAACUCAAAUAAAAGAGUUUUUUCACAACUUGAUCAGGUUGAUGACGAAGAUAAAGUUGUUAAGAUUAAAAAGGUAGGGAAGGCAGGCGAAUUGUGGAAUUCGAUGAUGCACAAGGAAAAAAAAAUCAAUCCUAAAUUUGCAAACAUGAAAACAUUGCAAAACAAUACGCGGGAAUCUAAGUGCCCCAUAUUGCAAGGUUUGAAGUUCAAAACAAUAGGAUACAGUUCCAGAGAGAAUGAGAAAUUGGCUAAAGUCAUUGCUAAAUUUGGCGGAAAAGUGACCACUGACCCUGAAGAUCAGGUGAAUUUUACUGUGGUAAACUUUAGGUAUAAUGAAAUUGUGCAGGGGUACAACCUUAUUACUGAACUGGCGAUAGAGCGUUUUAUCUUCAAUGAAAAAGUCGAUGCAGGCGAUUACCUUUGGUGCAAGCCCUUUUUUGUUGAUCAAACAAAGCCGGUUUCGGCUUUCAAAGAAAAGUUUUUUAUAGGUAACGAAGAGAUCGGAAAAGAUGGGCAAGAUGGAAAAGUCAAGGUUUCGAUAACAGGUUUCGAAGGAACUGACCUGUCUCAAAUGGAACGACUUUUGAAAGAAAAGCUUUCACCUUGGGUGGAAUUUCAACAAAUUUUUAGUCAGGCGUGUCAGCUCUUAGUUGUGGGUCUAUCUGGCCAUACAAACACGGGCCGCCUGCGUAAACAACAGCUUGCCCGUCGAUGGAACAUCCCCGUUUUCCUUGUGGAAGACUUUUAUGCGAAAGUGUUGGAGCUUUCUGCAAUGUAAAGAGAUUUAAUAGAUACCUGAUUAUUUCUUUGCAGGCUUAGUGUAACUACUUAAAAAUUACAAAGCAAUACUUCAUGUCUUAUCAAAUUGUAGAACUUGCGCUUGAGCUGAAUGCAAUUGUCUGGCCAUGAGGUAGUUCGGCAAGGCAGCUGGCUACACUGUAUUUUGCUAAAGUUUCACAAUAUAGAGUUGUGAGUCACACACCCUACAUGAAACUGGCUACAGCCCACCGUCAUUCUU